GUAGAGUAUGAUGGAAAUAAGAGAACUUGAUAACAACAAGAUUUAAUAUAAAUUAUUAAAAAAAUCAACAGCAGCUUCAGUUGACAAAUAGAAUUCAAGUGAGAAGCACAAAUAUUUAAAGGAGCAGAAAAAUGCUUAAAAUAAUUAUAAUUUCGAGUUUAUUAGUCAGUGCGACAUUCGCAGCUCACAACUGCUCAUCAUUUAGCGACAGAAAUCACGGAUUCGGAUGUGAAUUAAAGAAUGUGUCACCAAAUAAUGAUACCUUCGAAGUGAAUGUGAUGAUGCGUGACAAUGAUCAAAAUAAGACAGAUGAAGACAUCAUUUGGGUGCAAAUUCGUGAUUCUGAGUUUGUUAACUUACCUCGCGGUGUUUUUGAAAAGUUUGUGAAUCUAGAAAAGAUUAUGAUUAUAAGCUCAGCAGGAUUUAAAGUCUUUAAUACAUCGUACUUCGAUAAAAAGAUUACAUUAGUGCUGAUGAAGAAUACAGACAUAGAAAUUGUUGGAGAUCUUCCAUUAGUUGGCUUGAAUGAGUUAAAAAUUUUAAGUUUAAAUUACAAUCAAAUCACAAAGAUCCACAAAAAUGCAUUCCGAGACUUAGUAAAGAUGGAGAAAAUCGAAAUAGUUGGCAACAAACUAGAGUUCCUAGAUGUCGAAACAUUCCAAAAUAAUGUCAACCUUAAGUUGGUCUUACUUUACCACAACAAGCUCAAAGUCAUUCCAGCAGAUCUCUUCAGUCACAACAAAUUGAUCGAGUCGAUUCAAUUACAAAACAAUUCAAUUUCACAAAUUGAGAAAGGCUUUUACAAGCCACUUGAAAAGCUGACUAAGGCUGACUUCUCAUCAAAUAUUUGUAUUAGUGAAACAAUUUCGUUGACGCGGGCCAUUCAGUGGAACGCACAAGUGUUCAAAUUUAAGGAUUGCUUCAACAACUACGCACUUAUGAAGUCAACAAAUGAUGUGAUUGACAACGUACGUACAAAAUUGUCAGAAUUAGAUGACAAGGUCAGUAAUGUGGUUGAGAGAGUUGAUAAUGACUUAGCGGUGCUCGAAGGAAAGAUGAAAAAUGCAACGGAACUUGACAAAUUCAAGACAAAUUUACUCGAUUUCUUUGAAAAAGAUAAAAAGACAUUUCAAGCACAAUAUGAGAAUGAUUUGAAUAAUAUUACAUCACACGUACGAACUGACAUGAUGGAUGAGAUCAAGAAGAAUGUUGUUGAUGUAUUGGAAAAGUCACAGGAAGCUCAGCAAGCUCAACUUGUAUCAAAUGAUUUUGAGCAGUUUCGUGAAAAUUUUUCAGUACGAUUUGCAAUGAUUUACUUGAUGUUGUUCUUAUUAGUGGCUUUUGUCGGUGCCUUGGCUUACGGAAUGAUCAAAUAUGCAGGAAUAUAUCCAUUCAAUAUACAAGGAGACAACAGAAAACUGAUUGAUGCGGAAGUCUGCUAAACAUUGUAAUAUUAUCGCGAUAAAAUAGUUUCAUAAUAAUUUUUCCACAAUUGAUUUCCUUCAUUUAAUUUUAGUCUCGCAUAGAAAUCGCAUUGCAAAUGCGCCAUUACUUAAUAGAUAGUCAUAAUUAUUUCUUUUAAUACAAAAAUAAAAUAAAAUGUUCAUUAUUGUUAUCUUUGCUGCGCUUGAAAUAAUAAAUAAGUACAUAAAGAAUGGAGGAAAAUGACGGAU